AAAGAUAUGAUAUAUUAAGCAUGAAGAACAAGAUUGUUCAUCAAAUUAAGUCUUAAUGAUUAGGAAAAUGUUCCAUUAGUGCACAUAUUGUCACGGUGCUACCAUCAUACACAAUAGAUUUGUCACAUGUUGCAACAAUAGAUUUCUUGCCAUGCAUCCACAUUAAUAUCUUACUAUACACACGUGCAAGAGUACAACAAAUUGAGUGAGGUUAAAACUCAAAAAAAUUCUGAUAUAUGCACUACCAAAACAAGAGCAAAAAGCCCAGCAGUAUUGGAUUGACAAAUGGACUUGUUCUUGAAUUGCUUCAAAUUAUGUGUCAUCUUCUUGCCACGUGUCGAUGUGCUAUUGGACGACCAUCGAUGGUCGUGCAAUGUUCGAUUGCCAUUUGUUACCACCACCGGACGGAAGUUUUUUCGCAAUGUAUUAAUGAGUGUGAAGCCUCUGCAUUGAAUUGCACCAGAUUUUUCAAACAUUUGAACUUAUUAUGGUAAUUACAACGAGGAUUCGUGGUAGUAAUUGUCUUGCUAUAUUUAAUGCACCAAAAAAUCCUUAUUUAAUACGAGUUUUCGGUGUCUCGUUUCUUCCUACAAUCCCCCAAUCUUUCAACCUCCCUCGGUAUCUCCGACAAUCUUUCUUGAAAUUUUUGAAUUUCAAUUGGAUAUCAUCAGCGCACAUGGCUCCUCCACAAGGAAGGAAGAAAUCACAGGGUCGAAGAAAGAUUGAAAUGAAAUUGAUAUCCGAUGAAAAUGCCCGAACCGUCACUUUCUCAAAGCGUCGGGCCGGGCUUUUCAAGAAAGCCACGGAACUUUCCGUUCUUUGCGGAACUCAAAUCGCCCUUAUAAUUUUCUCUCUUGGUGGCAGGGCCUAUUCAUUUGGCAACCCUAGUGUCGGAUCCGUGUUAGACCGUUUUCGGAGCAAAAAUCGCAAUCCAAAUGUGCAGGAUUCCGUUCAUGCAACGAGGAUCCGUUCCGCUACGCUGCAGCAACUUAAAGAACAAUGCGAUCAAAAGAACAAAGAGUUGGAGAUCAGAAAAAUAAGAGGAAAAGAAAUCGAAGCAACGUUGGAGGGCUCGUCGUGCCAGAUUUCCGAAGAGCAGUUGAAUCUGCUUGAUUUCGAUCAACUCAAGCAACUAAAAGAAAAGAUGGAGAAUCUUAGAGAUAACUUGCGUCGUGGUCUGACCAAUCGACCGCGAACGGGCUCUAACAAGCAUUCACGCUCUAGAUUGGACUUUGUUGGAUCUUCAACACCGAAGAAGAUUCGUCCUACAAACAUCGAGGCAAAUGGGCCACAAGUGGGCUUCGUCAAGCCUUCGAGUUUAAUAUUUGAUGUUGCUGGGCCUUCAGAUCCGAAGAAGGCAACUUUAGCAAAUAUCCAAACAAAUGGGCCAAAAAUGGGUUUUAUCAAUCAAUCACAUUUAAGGUUGGAUGUUGCUGGACCUUCAGAUCCAAAUGCGGUUGAUGUUCCAAAUGUCGAGCAAAAUAUGCCAUGUGUCGGUUUUGUCAAGCCUUCGUAUUUAAGACGGGAUGUUGUUGGACUUCCAAUUCCAAAGAAGGUUAAGUUAACAAACGUCGAGGCAAAUGGGUCGUAUGUGGACUUUGUCAAGCCUCUAGAUUUAACAUUGAAUGUUGGUGGGCCUUCAGCUCCAGAGAAGGUUGAUUUAACAAAUGCCGAUGCAAAUGGGCCACGAGUUGGUUUUGUCAAACCGCUACAUUUAAGAUUGAGUGAUGCUGGGCCGUCAGCUUCGAAGAAGGUUGACCUGGCGAAUGUCGAUCGAGACAAAUGUGGUGCAUCUCCAAUUCCAUCUGACUGGUUGAAACUGUGAUUUCUAUUGCUUGUGUGUUAAGAAUUGAAUUAUCGUUAUUGACUAUGAUUUUCUAUGGAAGUUAAUUAAUUAUAUGAAGUUGAUUUUGUGAGGGUCAUAUUGCGCUUUAAAUUGUGAUUCUUCGUUGCAUUUGGUUUUACUAUAAUAAAAGUUAUAUUUUACAUGUUGUUCGUUGCUAUUUACAUACUAGAU